ACCGGAGAACACAGAACAAUUCGAAUUCAGCAAUUAGCAAAAAGGCCUUGACUCGAAUGCGGAGCGGUGCUUAUUUUGCCAUUGUUUUCUUCCACCUCUUCAUCACCGAUUGUUAUCGGUAUUCGUGCCGUGAGAAUUUCGAAGAUGAUGACAAGUGUCAGAUGAUCUCCGGCAGGCGAUUAAAGUUACGGUAAACCACUCUCCUAUCCGUUGGGUCUGAAAGUACCUCUUGAGAAUUCGGUGCUCCAGAAGGAAGAAGAAAGAGCAGACCAUAAUUCACAGAUGAUCGGAUCUUCGUAGGCGGCGGAGUUUCGCUUGUUGGUUAUGUCACAAUAUCAUGUCCAGAGUGGGCUUUCUGUGAUCUUAUCCCAGUGAAGAAGGAAGUGCAUGAUCAAAGAUGGUGGCAGCCAGUGCAGCUAACAUUGAGGAGUUCCUCUCUGGACCCCUCGUCACUUGGUUGAGUACAUGUAUUAAGAAACCAGAGUCACUGCAAGUGUAUGAGACAUUCUUCGAUGGAAGCCCUAUCAAUGAGGUGCUUCUGCAGAUAGAUCCAGAGCCCUCCCAUCCUGUGCCAGUCCUGAUUAACCUGCAGGGUCUCAGUGUGACAGCUUCCAGGAUAAAGAUCUUCCACAGUAUUAUAAAGAACAUCAAGACUAUCUAUGAAGCGGAAUUGGGGCAGGUCGUGGUUGCGCUUCCGGAUUGCGUGACUAUUGGGCGAUCGCCUUCCUCGCAGGAAGCUCUACAGCAUCUGAAGUUGAUCAUACUGCUGUUGCUCGGUUGCGCCGUACAAGGACCGACGAAAGAGAUCUUCAUAGCCCGGAUCAAAGAGCUCGGCUUAGAUGUGCAGCACGAGAUUGUCGAGUGCAUUAAGCGGGUGACCGAUGAUCAGUCGGUUGUUUUGACGCUCGACUGGCCUAACCAGACGCCAGAGAAGCUGUAUCUUCAUCUGAGGGAUCUGACGAACGAGCGAGAUGCUCUGUUCCAGCAUUGGGUCACCGACCUAGGCCAGGAGAUGGGUCAAAGCAACGGCGACAAACAUGGCUUGACUCCCACAGGCGGCAACCCCGAGGGCUUCGAGUCCAAUCAUUUAGCCGUUGAGUUAGCUGAUUGGAAGGCAAGGCUACGGAAACAGCGACAGGAACUGGAGGAGAAAACGGAACUGCUCACAGAGUGCAAGGAAGAACUUGACCAUUCGCAAUGCAUAAUAUCCAAGUUGAAAGCAGAGAACUGCGAUUUGCUGACUGAAGCGAGGAAAGCCAAGGCCUACAGAGAUGAAGUGGAUGCAAUGAGCGAGAAGGCUCUAAGAGUGGAGAAACUGGAAGCACAAGUGCAGCGGUAUCGUGAACGUUUGGCUGACACCGAUUUCUAUAAGAUGACGGUGGCGGAACUUAGAGAGGAUAAUCGCGUCCUCCUCGAGUCUCGAGAAACCUUAGAAGCGGAUCUUGCCCGAGCCAGGCAGAAGGCCAAUCGUUUAUUGGAAUUGGAAGCGGAGCUAUUAGCUAGCAAGCAAGUGAUAAACGACAUCACAUUGGAAAGAGACGCCGAUAGGGAAAAGAUGACCGAUUUGAUGGAUGAGAAUUUCCAGCUGCAACAGGUCACCAAAUCUGCUUUGCAAGAAACGACGAACUUUAAGCUAACCACGGAAACCGAUGAGGAGGAAUCUGGUAAUUCGGGAGAUAACAGUUUAUCGGAACAGUUGACAAACAAUGCUCAAGCCAGAGCACUGAGGUUGGAAUUGGAGAACCAGAAACUGUUAUCGACCAUAGAUUCGCUUAAAGAGAACAACUUCCACGAGAAUUCCAAGCGCAUUUUGGACUUGGAGAAGGAAAAGAAAAAGCUUGAAUUGAAGCAGGAUCAACUUGUGGAGAGUUGCGAGCGCGUUAAGCAGCAGAACCGAGAACUGGAGGAGCUGUUCAGAGCGUCCAUCCAAGAGAACAAGAAGCUACAAACGGUCAUCGAUACCAAUAAAGUGAACUCUGAUAAACAAACGCAGGAUUUGCAAAACGAACGCAUUAAAGUUGAGGAGCUCGAAAAGAACAUGGAUGUUUUGAAUAAAGAAAAGCAACGGGUGCAUUCGUUGUGCGAAACUGUAAAACGCAGAGCUGAUGAUGCCGAGAAAUGCUUGGAGCAUGCAAACGUCUCCUUGGAGCAUUUUAAGAGUACCGCCAGCAAAAGCAAAGAGUUCGAACAAAUGUCUACCGAUUUAACUGCUAAGAUUACCACCAUGGAGAAGGAUCACGCUACUGUUCAAAAGGAAGUCGUUCGCUUGAAGGAGAUUCUGGAAACUAAAGAUAGAACUUUGGAUACGCAAUCGGAAUUGUGCGAGAAAAAGGAGAAGGAUAUCAUCAAACUAACUAGAGACUUAGAAACCCUUUCCGGGCAAAGUGAGAAGCUGUCAGAGUUUGAGAAAAAAUAUCAAGAAUUGAAUUCGCAAACUACAGUCCAUUUAGAAACAAUAACGACUCUGCAGAAAGACUUGGUUGGCGAGAAAGUCGUCAAUGAAAAAUGCAAGAGUAUUUUGGAGAAGAUGGGAUUGGGUUUGGAUAUUUUGGACACCGAUGUUAGUACGAUAGUAGAACGCAUGUUUGAAAAGUCUGAUUUGGCUUUAACCAUAGUAACGUAUGCCAAAGAAAAACUAUCGCUGGAGAAGCCAGUGAAGGUGGAAAGGGAUCCAGAAUUGGAUCUAAAAUGCGAGAAGCUCACCAACGAUUUGAAUACCAUGCAAAAUGAGAACGCCAAAAUGCAAGUAGAUAUUUCUACGUUAACUUCACAGGUAAAUUCUCUGCAGACGCAGCAAACGGCGCUCCAAUUAGCCAACAGUCAGCUUGUCGCGGAAAAGGAAGAGUUGACUAAACAGAACGAAGCUAAGCGUUUGACCUACGACGCGAUGCUGGUGGAUUUGAGCACCAUUCGGAAUCUUCACGAGCAGCUAGGUAAGGAUUACGAAGAUGCGAAGAAAGAGCAGGAGACCUUGAAGAAGACAUUGCGCGAUUCCAAGGCCGAGGCGCGCAAUACCAAAGAGAUGAACGAUGGGUUAGAGAAGAAGGUGACAAAUCUGGAGCAGGAAAAAGAUGCGCUGAAGAACGAGUCCAAGAGUUUGGGCAAUUUGCGGACGGAGCAUUCUAAAUUGAAGGAUGACUUCCGACAUCUAUUCACGGCGAACGAACGACUGAAGACUGAGUAUAGGGCUUUGCAGGAGGAAAACAAGAGCUUGAGAGCUGAGACCAGUAAACUGCGGUUGUCUAAGGGCGAGGUAGAGACCGAACUGAACGCAAGAAUCGACAUCUUGAAGUCGAUGCAGCAGAGGUGCGACAUCCUGUACGAAAUGAACACCAGCCUGGACGGCGAUCGCAGGGCCCUCAUGGAUCAAGUUACCAAGCUCUUGGCGCAGUACCACUCUCUCCUCCUGCACUCGCUCGAGGACAAAGAGCACUUUCAUUUAGAAGAGAAGAUGUUCACUGAUAGGCUCAACAAUCUGUGCAGACAGAAAGAGAAACUCGAGGAGAAAAUAAUGGAGCAUUAUAGAAAAAUGGACAAUGCAUCGGUGAAGAAGCGUGGUUUUGGCGCUAACCUCAUCAAGAAGUUGAGGAAGACGGGCAGCGACAUGAUCAAAAGUCCGAGAAACAGGAGGUCAUGGCACGAGGACGCGGAGAAGUCUUCUUCGCAGCUGAUGAUCGUCGGCGCGGGUUCCGGGGAAUCCGCCGGUAACGAUUCCGACAACAGCAUGGGGGAUCCACAGGUCCCAAGGAGUGAACCCUUCAAGCGCUCCGUAGGUAGUUUGCAUGGUCAUAAACCCAGAGACGAGGUGGCUUUGAGGAGAUCGCAUCGUGAUCUGACCUCUCACCGGAACAGCGUAGCUGGUGAUCAAGUCUACCCCAGAGAACCACAGGGCCCAUUGAGCUUGGGAUCCGUGGGCACCAGACGGACUGUUUACUUGUCGGAGGACGAUCCAGCGCCGCCGAGCACGCCAACGAACACUUCUUCAAACAAUCCAAACGACACUCCAUUCAUGGUCUACAACAAGAUCUCCGUCUUCGGGGAUUCACAGAGGAGUCAGAUGGUAACGUCCACCCCGGUGCACCAACAGCAGAGCAAGAACGAGGAGGUUCACGACGUCCCGACCGACCGUAAACCCAAGGGAGACGGUGCCAAAGAGAACGAGACCUGGUUCGAGUAUGGGUGCGUUUAGAAUGAUAGCACCGUGAGUUUUCUAUCUUUCGUAUAGUGUCUACUUUUCUUGAUACAAGAUGAAUCAUCGAAAACGUGAACAAUCGGAAGGAUUCGGAUUCGACACCACCAAUAUUUACCUCAAAUCUCGAUCCCACCCUUUCCUGCACGCAUUUCGCUGGCUCAUCGAGUAUGUGUGAUAUAUGUUUUCCAUAUUUCUUCCUCCUUGAUCUCCUCCGUGUGCAGUUUUGGUCUUCGAAAGUUAACCAUUUUAGUAUUAGAAAAUAAUAAAAAGAAACCACGUAUGCCUUAUUAUGGCCUUAACUUAACAAAAAAAUAAAUAAGAUGAAAUGCGGGUGUAACGAAAAUCAAAAAUUUAUACGCUUUAAGUGCUUUUCUUCCUCUUAAAUUUAAAGUAUUCUCUUUGUUUUCUAUUUUUAGCAUUUAGUAUUAUUAAAACCACGGCUGUAUUAUUAUUUAUGUGCUUAGGAUGCGCUCUCUAUUCUUGCCUAAUUCAUCAAAAAAAAACAAACAAACAAAAAAUCAAAAGCAACUAACUCUUAAGGUCUAGCAUUUAGGUUUAUUUAUAACGCAAAAAAAACCGCAGUACUGAAACACUAAUAUUAAAACCAACCCGUCUAGUUAAGUGUGAACUCUGUAAAAUGUGAUUCCAUCCAAUUUUACUAGAAAGUGUUCUUUUUUUUUAAUAUAUAUUUAUAUAUAUGUAUACAUCCAGACAAUGUACAAGUUUUUAUUCUGUUCGUGAGUUUUAAAUGUAUUUUUUUUAACUUAGACAAAGGACAAUAUUAGGAAUUGAUCUUCCAUGUUGUAUACCGAUUUUAUAUAAAUAU